UUGGUCUGAGGCAACAAGUUGUCAGUUCAUCGACUACUCCUCCACGCUGCAGGUGACAGAUGGAUGAAUGGAAAUGCGUGGGGUUUUAUUAACCUCGGUGCCUCCAAGAGCUCUUUGUCGACAUGGACGGAGUGGAAUAGCAAGCUUUUGAAAACGUGCAUUGGUGACAAGUGUUGUUAAUGAACUGCGCAGAGCAGGGACAGCUUUCAAUUUCAUCCUUGUUAGUGAUAUAUUUGGAGGUAUUUACUGAAGAAUGGCGCUGGCUAGAUUCAGUAAGAUUCUUCGUUUGCCCGCCCUUGAUAUUAAAAAGAAAACCAAACAGUACGAUCAUGUCCACCGGGAUAUCAAUCCAAACGACCAGUGGGACGUUAUUGGUGAGCUGGGCGAUGGCGCCUUUGGAAAAGUAUACAAGGCCUGCAACAAGGAGACGGGUGUUCUGGCUGCAGCUAAAGUGAUUCCGACCAAAUGUGAGGAGGAGCUGGAGGAUUACAUGGUCGAGAUCGAAAUCCUGGCCAAAUGCGAUCACCGCUAUAUUGUCAAGCUGCUGGAUGCCUAUUACUUCAACAACCAUCUUUGGAUCAUGAUUGAGUUCUGCCCAGGAGGCGCUGUGGAUGCCACAAUGCUAGAGUUGGAUCGAGGACUGACGGAGCCACAGAUAAAGGUGGUCUGCCGGCAGAUGCUGGAGGCUCUGACCUACCUCCACAGCAUGAAGAUCAUCCACAGAGACCUGAAGGCUGGCAACAUCCUCCUCAUGUUGGAAGGGGACAUCAAACUCGCUGAUUUUGGUGUUUCUGCUAAAAACACCAAAACACUCCAGAGAAGAGAUUCUUUCAUCGGCACGCCAUACUGGAUGGCCCCCGAAGUGGUCAUGUGUGAAACUAUGAAGGAUGCUCCGUAUGACUACAAGGCCGACAUCUGGUCCCUCGGGAUUACUCUCAUCGAGCUCGCCCAGAUAGAACCACCACACCAUGACCUCAACCCUAUGAGGGUGCUGCUAAAGAUCGCCAAGGCGGAGCCUCCCAGCCUGGAACAACCAAACAAAUGGUCACCAGAGUUUAAAGAUUUUCUAAGGAGGGCAUUGGAGAAGAAUCCAGAGACCCGCCCGACAGCAGUGCAGCUCCUGGAGCACCCUUUUGUGAGUUCGGUGACGUCGAACCGCCCGCUGAGGGAGCUGGUAGCCGAGGCCAAGGCUGAGGUCAUGGAGGAAAUCGAGGACAAUAGAGAGGAAGGAGAGGAGGACGACACCUUGGAGCUCACUGUGACCAGUCACACCAGUUUGGAAGGAGACCAGUCUCCGGAACCCCAGAGCCCCAUCACACCCUUCCCAAACACACCACAGUCUCUGCUGGAAAAGGGGUCUGUCUCGCCCACAAAGGAGCUGCCAAGCCCCAUAAUGGCCACCCCUGUCCCCCUACCGAGGCACAACCUGCCCUCUAAGGAUCAGGUGGACUUUGGGGAUAAGCUGGAGUCUGAGAAAUAUGAGAGCGUCGUGUCGAUCAAGACGUCGAGCUCCGACUCAGGCAUCGAGGAUGGGAAGAGCACUCCCACAUCUGAGGAAGAGAAGGUUCCUGUGGAGACUGAACAACUUCCGUCUCUCCCCCAAUCUGAGGCAUCUGAAGAGAGUGUGGACAUCAUUAUCAAUUCCCCAGACCUGCCGCUAACCAAGAACCAGUUCUCUAUGGAUGUUCCCAGUUAUCGUCCAACACCGACCCCAGUACUAGAUUCUGCCGAUAUCUCACCAGCACCUAGUUCCGGACCGAGCAGCAUUCUAAGCAAGAUGAGCGCUGAUCGAGCAUCAAUAGGAUCCACUCCCGAAGCGGGUGCACCAUACACGAACGGACGCAUCAAUAGUGUACGGCACUCUUACCCGGGCAGGGUGGCGUCGGAGACCAUGGAUAACAUGUUGCUCAACAAGGAGAGCUUCUCCGUAUCUGCAAGGGACUAUUCGCGGAAGACUCUAAAGCGAACCAGGAGGUUUAUGGUCGAUGGUGUCGAAGUGAGCGUGACCACCUCAAAGAUCAUCAAGGACGAUGAGAAGAAGGAUGAGGAGAUGAGAUUCCUGAGACGCCAGGAGCUACGUGAACUGCGUUUACUCCAGAAGGAGGAGCAACGAUCUCUGGCUGACCUUCAAGCCAAACUGGAAACGCAGAGAGAUCAAAUGCAAAAACGCUUCGACCAGGAAAUGAAUGCCAAGAAGAAGCACUACGAUACGGACCUGGAGAACCUGGAGAAACAACAGAAGCAGGCCAUUGAGAAGAUGGAGGCGGACCACAACAUUAAGCUCAAAGACGAGACCAAACGCAUCAAAGCGGAGCAGCAGCGCGAGUACCAGAAGUUUCAGGAGCAGCUCAAGCAAAAGAAGAAGGAGUUAAAACACUCUGUGGACAAACUGCCCAGGAGUGAGCGCAAGGAACACUUGAAACAAUCAAUGGUGUCCUUCCAAGAAAGGAAGCUUAAAGAUGAGGAACAAUUCCUGGCAACCCAGAAGAACUACUUGGACCAAACGCUCAACCAAAUCAUCCUCAACAACAAAAAAGAGAUCGCAGAUACGGAGAAGGAUUGUCUCUACAAGAAGCAUCAGCUGAUCAGAGACCGUGAAGGUUCAAUAUGGGAAAUGGAGGAGAAGAACUUGUAUGAGAAACACCAGCUGUCAAAGCAGCAGCUCAAAGACAAGUACUUCCUCCAGAGGCACCAACUCCUCAAGAAACAUGGCAAGGAACAGGAACACAUGCAGUGCUACAACCAGCGCAUGAUCGAGCUUUUGAAAAGUCGUCAGCAACAGGAGAAGAGCCGCCUACCAAAGAUCCAACGCAACGAGGCCAAAGCCCGUUUGGCCAUGUUCAAGAAGAGCCUGCGCAUCAACUCCUCAGGCAGCUCCUCCGAGGACAGAGAGAGGAUCAAACAGUUUUCCCAGCAGGAGGAGAAGCGACAGAAGACCGAGAGGAUGAUCCAGCAGAAGAAACAUGAAAACCUGAUGAGGGAAAAGAUCGGCGAGUGCGAGAAUAACGUCCGAGAGCUGCAGGAGCUUCAGAAUGAGAAGUGUCACCUGCUGGUUGAGAACGAGACGCAGAGGCUCAAAAAUCUGGACGAACUACACAACCAGCAGCUGAAAGAGUGGCGGGAACAACUGAAACCCAGGAAGAAGGCGCUUGAAGAGGAGCUGAACAACAAGAGGAAAGAGCAGGAGGCUUUCUUCCGGCUAAAUGACGCUUCAGAAUUCCACAAUAUGGGAUCUGUCAGUAAACUGUCCAAGUUUGUGCCUUAUCCAGACUCUUCCACCACAUAAGCACCCCCCCCCGUCUUUAUGCCCUUAUUAACGUCACUCAGCACAUAUUAGCAUCGUAACCCGUAUCGGUAGGUUCGCCUAUCGCCACUUUGCAUCCGCUUACGGGAUCGUGGACACCGUUGAAGUUCAAACACCCCAAAUGAUCAGUUAGCGUGUUAAUACUGAGGUGAUUUUUAUGAGUUAAAAGCAUUUAAAUUUCCUUUUUUAAGAUCCCACAGAGGGAUUGUUUUCCUUUUUUGCAAGAGGGAUAUUGCAUGUAUUAAUAAUGUCGUUUUUUUGUCAGAUCUAAAAUAGUUUACAUUCCUUGUAAUAGCGCUGCCAAAGUAUGCCUUUUUUUAUUUAUUUUUACUGACUCAAGCUAAAUUCAUCACUGUACAUUUUAAUUUAAAUAUUUUCAGAUUAUAAACAGUAUAUCGGUAUGAAGGAUGUGAAUUAUGAACUAUGAUAUAUAUUUCUUAUUAGCGGGGCUUUCAGUAGAAACCAAAUUUAACAAAAGAGGAGGCGUUUCUUUUAAAUAAUUAAGGACUUUAUCUUUACAUAGAAAGGGAGCAGUGAUACGUACGUAUAGAGUUACUGGUCUUUGUUUUACUGUACAAAUCAGCCACACUGGAUGGGAAAAAGACAAAAGCCAAAGCCAAGUACUGUUUGUUCGAUUGACCCAUUUAAAACAUGUUGAGUGUACAUUUAUUGCAGUAAUUCAACUGCGUUCUAACCAAAGUGCAAUAUUACUUCUUUAUGUCCUGUUUAGAGCGCAAAGGUGUAUAUUUCCUAUACCCAUGUUGGCCUUCCUAUUGCACUGAGGAGGAGAACACGAUGAGGGAGUUGGUCUUUAUAAAAGACGUACCAGCAGACGUGCUUUAUGAUUUUCAAGGGAGUUCCAACAAUUCUGCUGUAAACCAUCUGCAGAUAUUUAAUACCUGUUUUGCCAUCAACAUUUACUGUAGGUACAUCUUUAAUUCCGCUCUCCUUGAUUAAAUGUGUAUUAUUUUGGGUUGAGGUUACUGUCUCAGAGUCUUCCUCUCUGCCUCAGUUUGGAUAACAAGGAAUGUAUGGUGGCUUGUGAGUAUGAAUGAAACUGUAUCAGAAGGAACCACUGUUGUAAAUAUCUAAUAAAUGCAGAUUUUUUUUUUAAAUUA